UGAUGUCACUUUGUAUUUUCUUCCUUCUGGUAUCCAUCGACUUGGCAACUUCUCCUCAUAGGAUUCUGAAGAUCAACGACAGGUCAUGGAUAGCCAGCAGGGAGGAGAGAGUCCAGCACCGGCUCUAUUCUCCCCUGGGGGUCCUAAGUGUCUGGUCAUGCACCCCAGGAGGCCGGCAGUGCCCCACAGGAAUAUACGUCACUCCUGGGCUCCAUCUAGCAUUUUUGCUGCCUUCAAUGUUGUGCUGUUGAUUACCAUCAGUGGUCUGUUCUUCUCCUUUCCUUGCAGGUGGCUUGCUCAGCAUGGUGACUGGAUAUCUCCCACCAUCACUGGCUUCCUUUUUGUUCCCACUGUGGUCAGUCUCAUUUUUCUCAAUUUCUCUGAUCCUGGCAUUCUCCACCGAGGCUCUGAGUGGCAAUGCCCACUGGCCAUCAAGGUGGUAUGGGUGAACCGGAGAGCUUUCCGCCUGCAGUGGUGCCAGAGGUGUUGCUACCACCGGCCUCCCCGGACCUACCACUGUCCCUGGUGCAACAUCUGUGUGGAGGAUUUUGAUCACCAUUGUAAGUGGGUCAACAACUGCAUCGGGCAACGCAACUUCCGAUGCUUCAUGCUGCUGGUGGUCUCGCUCUGCCUCUACACGGGAUCCCUGCUUUCUUCCUGCUUGGCUUUCCUCAUCCGAACUUCCCAACAGCCCUUCUCCGUGGAUAAGGCUUUUGCGAUUGUGGUCGCUAUCCCCGCGGCUGCCUUCCUGUUGCCGCUGCUGCUGCUGCUGGGGAUGCAGGCUCUGUCCGUUAGCUCGGCUGAGCGCUCCUACGAGGUCAAGUGCCGUUACCUGCAGGGUUAUAAUCCCUUUGACCAGGGUUGUGCCAGCAACUGGUAUUUAACCUUUUGUGUGCCACUGGGACCUAAGUACAUGGCUGAAGCUAUCCGGCUGCAAAGGGUAGUGGGGCCAGACAAGGUCCCAAUAUCCAGAUUAUGUUCUCCUCAGUGGCACACUGCCCCUUGCCCCUUCCCUGUGCCUUACUCCCACUCAGCCGGUGUAUCUUGUCCCUACGCCAUCUCUGUGCCCACCCUUCAGUCUACAGGUGGCGUGCCAGGCUUUCGCCCUACCAACAUGCCAAGACCCCACCCCACCAAUGCGCUAAACUCCCAUUCUGUUCCUGGGCUUGCCCCCCAACUCUUCCCCAUGAAACCUUGGAGGCCAGGGAGAGGUCCUUUGGGGGGUGGGGAAGCAGCUCCUCAGCAAAAGCUUCAAGGUGUGGGGAUUCUUCCUCAACUCAGAGAGGUCCAGAUAGAAGCUUUGGGGAGCCACUCACCUGGAGCCGGCCCGUGCCAAGGAACUCUCCUAUGCCAGCACCACCCUUCCCUGGGCUCCUUCCCUUGAGCCACGCUACGUGGGGCUUGCCAUUCCCAGAUCCCAUCCUUUCCUUUUCUCAUUUUGGCUUCCACUGAUGGGAGUGUUUGAUUACCCUAGAGUCUCCAUUAAAUAUCCCUUUACUACCUUC